UCGAUGGAACGGUUUACACUUUUUUGGGAAAUCCUGGUGUCGAAGGCUCGAGACGAGCCAACCAGACGAGUGCAACAGCAAUUUACGGCGACUCAAAGCAUCUUUACUCUUAAAGCCGGCGGUAUCGACCUGACAGCUACAUUCCUGAGUCCAGUAGAGCACUCCAUCCCAUUUUCAUACCUAUCCCUCUCUGCCGUCUCGAACGACGGAGCUUCCCAUUCUGUCCAAGUAUACACGGACAUCAGUGCGGAAUGGGUAUCGGGUGACAACGGUUUGCUCGUCAAUUGGUCCACCAAAGUUGAGGAUCCGACCGCUGGAAUCAUAACCCACCAAGUACAGCUAGCCAACGAGGAGACAUUCAAAGAGAUUGGUGAUCACAUUCAACGUGAGACUAAUCUCAUCCGUUUAGCGAACAUAUCCAUACUGAUGACACAAGGAACGACUUACCAAACAGGAGCAGACACCGACGUCCGCGCCCAAUUCAUUCAACACGGCGUACUCCUCAACACCACCGACUCGGAAUUCCGCGCCGUCCAAGACCGCUGGCCCAUAUUCGCAUACGCAAAGGACUUGGGUGACGUUGGUAGUGGAGGUGUACAGAAUGCGGUGGUGUUUAGUGUAGGGCAUGUGAGAGAUCCAGCGAUUCAGUAUAUCGUGGAGGGGGGUGGGUUGCAAGAGAGGGGUAUCGCCAGUUUCCAUUCCGACUUUACGGAUGCACUCGGCCGUGCUAAUACGUUUGAUGCCAAAGUCAAAUCUGAUGCUUUAUCUGUAUCGGAACACUAUGCCGGUAUCGCGGCACUCUCUGUUCGGCAGGCGUUCGCAGCGACGGAAAUCACCAUUUCCAGAGGUGCGGGUGGGAGCUGGAACACGAGCGACAUUCUCAUAUUCAUGAAGGGUGUGUGCUGUGUGCUAUACUUGCAAACGACUACUGACCUUUUAUAUAGAAAUAUCGAGUAA